CCAGACGGCAGACGAGUGAGCCUUUCUCCGCAGCCGGCCGCCCUGUCCCUCCUUCCCCCUUGAAAAGAGGGGGACCCCAACCUUGAUCCCCCAAAGGCCAGGGGAGACCUCUCUACCCCCUACCAUGCCCCCCGGGGGCUGAAUGGGGGCCAGCGACCGGAGGGCACCGCCACCCUCCCUGCCCAGCAGGGGCCCUAUGCCAGGGGGGUGGGGGGGGCCGGGAGGGCUGGCAUCGACCCGCCCCCCCACCUGCCCGAUCCCCAUGAGUUGAGCCUUCUUCCCCAACAGAGCCCCCCAGACAGACCCCUCGCCAUGGGAUGUAACAUGUGUGUGGUGGAGAAACCCGAAGAGCAAUACCGGGUCAUGCUGCAGGUGAAUGGUCGGGAGCUGUCCCGUCUCUCACAGGAGCAGACCCUUGAAGCCCUGAGAUGUUCUAAGGAGCCUCUGGUCAUCCAGGUGCUACGCCGCAGUCCCCGCAGCCGGGGUGGUGGUGGUGAAGGACCUAUCCCACAAGGGGAUCCCACCACUCUGGUGGACAGUGGAACACAGACAGACAUCACCUUUGAACAUCUACUGGGCCUAGGAAGGAUGCGGCCACCAAGUCCUCCAGCUGUGACAUUGGAACCCUAUGGGCUGUCAGAUCUCCCCCCAAUUGGACAUGAAUAUUAUGACCCUGUGGAAUUCAUGGAAGGAGGUGCUCCAGAGACUGAACGAGCAGAAGAGCUGGAGUAUGAGGAGGUGGAGCUGUACAAAUCCAGUCACCGGGACAAGCUGGGCCUGAUGGUUUGUUACCGAACUGAUGAUGAGGACGAUGUAGGCAUCUACGUUGGAGAGGUUAACCCUAACAGUAUUGCUGCCAAGGAUGGUCGGAUCAGGGAAGGAGAUCGCAUUGUCCAGAUUAAUGGCAUGGAGGUACAAAACCGGGAGGAGGCUGUAGCAAUUCUCACACAGGAGGAGAGGACAAACAUUUCUCUGCUGCUGGCUAGACCUGAAACUGAGUUGUCCAAGCGCUGGAAGGAUAGUGACCGUGAUGAUCUUCUAGAUGACUUUGGCUCAGACCAUGAAGCUGGAACAAAACCCCGGCGGCUUCUUUCACCACCAAGUCAGCAGAAUGAGCCUCAACAGGAAAAGCCUACUAUGGAUCCUGCCACUCCUUUGACCAACAGCCAGGAGUUGGAUAGUGGUGUCGGCCGCACGGACGAAAGCACACGCAACGAGGAGAGCUCAGAGCAUGACCUCCUAGGAGAUGAAGCACCCAGUGCUGCCAACACACCGGGGACCCUGCGCAAGUUUGGGCCCAGCCUACAGCCCCGUGAGUUCCAUUACAGUAUGGACUCACUGCUGGCAGGGGAGCCCCCGAGCGCCAUGGCUACAGACAUGAUGCCAGGGCUCACUGACGAAGAGUACGAACGCUACCGAGAGCUGCUAGAGCUGAAGUGCCACCUGGAGAAUGGCAAUGACCCAGGCCUGGUGAGCGCAGCACUGGACGUCAACCGCAACGAGGUGGCUCUGCUAGAGGAAGAGCUCCGCCACCUGGAGUUUAAGUGCCGGAACAUCCUGCGGGCCCAGAAGAUGCAGCAGCUCCGGGAGCGCUGCAUGAAGGCCUGGCUGCUUGAAGAGGAAGGAUUGUACACCUUGGAAGGGGAACCCAAGAAACAUGAGCUGUCUGACAUCACUGAGCUGCCAGAACGCUCCGACAAGGACAGCACCAGUGCCUACAACACUGGGGAGAGUUGCCGAAGCACCCCUUUGCUGGAGAGCCCCUUGCGUCGCUUGGCUGAGCCCCCUAACCUCAACCGGACUGCUCCUCCUUCUCCACCACAGCCCAAAUUCCGUCGGGAAGAGCGGGUACGGCGCAGCCCCAAGGCAGCCGGGGAAGGCAGCCCCUAUCUGAGCCGGAGGCAGCGGGAAGAACCACCAGCUCCCAUCAGCCCCAUGAGCCUAGCCAGCAUAUGUAAAGACUCUCUCGGGGGCAAAGCAGAGCCCCGCAUGGAGUGGAAAGUGAAGGUGCGCAGUGAUGGCACUCGCUACGUGGCCAAAAGACCAGUGAGGGACCGGCUGCUCAAAGCCAGGGCCAUGAAGAUCCGGGAAGAACGCAGUGGCAUGACCACAGAUGAUGAUGCUGUCAGUGAGAUGAAGAUGGGGCGCUACUGGAGCAAAGAGGAACGGAAGCAGCACUUGAUCCGGGCCCGGGAGCAACGGAAGCGCCGCGAGUUCAUGAUGCAGAGCCGGCUGGACUGUUUGAGGGAACGGGAAGGCAGCGAAGCCCGGGGGGUGUCUAGCGAGGUCAACAUCUUAGCCUUGAGUCACCGCAAAACCAUGAAGAAACGGAGUCGGCGCAUCCUGGACAACUGGAUUACCAUCCAAGAGAUGCUGGCCCACGGCACCCGCUCGGCUGAUGGACGCAGGGUUUACAACCCAUUACUGUCUGUCACCACUGUUUGAGUGCACAGGAAGGGAACAGAGAACCACAGUGGGGUUUUCUCCCACACCCCAUGGUGUGUGCUGGCGAAUGAAAACCAAGACAGGAUAAACCAUUCUUCCAUUACCAGGAUGGUUAUUCUUAUUUUUUUAAACACACCAGGGAAACAUCGUAUUACUACCACCUGAGCACUGUGGGGCUCAGAAGGGCCCACCUCUCUGAACCAAAAAUUUAGAGUGGAACAGUAAGCCCAGCAUCCCUUCCUGCCUUAAGAAUUGGGGGAUAAGUAGAGGGAUCCCUUCCCCCAAGCUUGCAACCCUCAGGAGCUUGCUGUGGGACAAGGUCUGUUCCUCCUGAUGGUCAAAUAAUCUGUUUGAGAGGUGACUGCGCAAGGCA